AUGAGUAGUCAGGAACUGGUCACUUUGAACGUGGGAGGGAAGAUAUUCACCACAAGGUCUUCAACCUUAAAGCAGUUUCCUGCCUCUCGGUUGACACGUAUGUUAGAUGGCAGAGACCAAGAAUUCAAGAUGGUUGGUGGCCAGAUUUUUGUGGACAGAGAUGGUGUUUUAUUUAGUUUCGUCUUAGAUUUUUUGAGAACUCACCAGCUUUUAUUACCCACUGACUUUUCAGACUAUCUCAGGCUUCAGAGGGAGGCUGUAUUCUAUGAACUUGAUCCUCUGGUGGAUCUCUUAAACCAAGAACACCUGCUACAGCCAAGACCUGCUCUUGUGGAGGUACAUUUCCUAAGCCGAAACACUCAAGCUUUUUUUAGGGUGUUUGGCUCUUGCAGCAAAACAAUUGAGAUGUUAACUGGGAGAAUUACAGUGUUUAUAGAGCAACCUUCAGCACCGACCUGGAGUAGUAACUCCUUCCCUCCUCAGAUGACCUUACUUCCACUGCCUCCACAAAGACCUUCUUACCAUGACCUGGUUUUCCAGUGCGGCUCUGACAGCACAACUGAUAACCAAACUGGAGUCAGGUAUGUUUCUAUAAAACCUGAUAACCGAAAACUGGCCAACGGAACUAAUGUCCUCGGCUUACUGAUUGACACUUUAUUAAUGGAAGGCUUCCAUCUGGUCAGCACCAGAACAGUAUCCUCUGAAGACAAAACUGAAUGCUAUAGCUUUGAAAGGAUAAAAAAGCCUGAAGCUCUUGCCAUGAACAAAACACUGAAACCAGAGACUACCCUCAUGCCAGAGCAAUCUCAGAAAAAGAAAUGA